AUGGAGAACCCGCCACCACUUCUUCUACACAGUCUCGAGCCCGUAUUAACAAACGAUUUCAUUCCACUGAGCGAUGACGAAAUCAAUGCCUUUUUCGAUGACCUGGAUCGCGACAAGGACGGCUAUGUGACUUUCGAAGAAAUAGAGAAGAAGCUCCACGAAGUUCAUGAGGAGCUUGCGCCGACCCUGCAACGACAUCAUCUCCUUCAUCCGGACCGACGAGACCCUGAAAAGCAUCUUGGGCAUUCUGAGGCCGAUGAGCAUGUCUUUCUCUGCGGUUUACUCCCAGACUGCAGCGCGAAAAUCAACCGCACGGACUUCGUCGAGAGCAUAAGAAAACUACAGGUACCAAGUCAGAAGCAGACGGACUCGAACACUCAAGACAAGGAAGAUCAAAACCAAGAGCAUAGACUACCAUUCCGAAGGCGAUUACGAGCGUAUUUGGCCGUUCAUGGCCCCAACAUCGCCUUUACUACAUUUGUCGUUGCUUUACAACUGGGUAUUGGACUCUGGCAGAUGGUCAUCUACAUCAAGAAUCCCUUAGCCAGAGCAGCGUUGGGCUGGGGGGUCAUUCUCGCGAAAGCCUGCGCCGGAGUCUUCUAUCCUACCCUGGUGUUUAUGCUGUUGAGCAUGAGUAGACAUCUUGCGACUUUCCUGCGAAGAAACUAUGCCUUGAGUCGAUUCAUUAAUUGGGAUUUCCACCAAAAAUUCCACAUCUACAUGAGCAUCUGCGGCCUGUUCUUUGCCAGUCUUCACGCUAUUGGACAUCUUACCGGAUCCAUGCUCUACGGAUCGAGACCGUCGCAUCAGGAUGCCGUCGCCAGAUAUCUAGGUCCUAAUUCUGUACCGCGGCCUUACAUUGUCUAUGUCAGGAGCUUGCCAGGCUGGACUGGCAUCACGGCGUUAGGACUGUUCUGGAUCAUCAGCUUGCUCAGCAUGCCAUUCAUCCGCAAGCGGUACUACGAGAUCUUCCAGCUCGGACAUCUGCUCAUGUUUCCAAUGAUUGGUCUGCUUUGUGCACACGGUACUGCCGCUUUACUUCAGGCGCCAAUGCUGGGGUACUGGCUGGCGUUUCCUGCGCUUCUGGUCAUUCUUGAACGUUCGUGGAGAGUUAUUCGAGGCUUUAUCCGCGUGCCCGCGACAAUGAAAAUCAUGGUCGACGACGAUGUAGUGGUGCUUACUUGUAAACACCCACGUGGCAAAGACUGGAAGUACAGUGCUGGCCAAUACAUCUUGCUCCAGGUACCGAAGAUCUCACUCUUCCAGUGGCACCCCUUUACUAUCUCAUCCUGCCGGGGCGAUGAGCUGCAGGUGCAUAUCAAAGUCGAUGGGGACUGGACACAGAAGUUGAGAGAUAAGUUGCCGGAUAAUGAAAACAUUCAUGUGGGAGUCGAUGGCCCUUUCGGAGCGCCAGCUCAGCGAUUCUACGACUACGACUAUUCAAUCAUUGUCGGAGGAGGCAUCGGCAUAACACCAUUCUCCGCUGUUCUGACCGAUCUUGAAGAGCACUACUCGCAAGAACGAGACCCAUGGGAGCAGCGCAGGCGCUCGAGAUCAAUGUCACGACCUGGCUCCCGCUCUCGUCGAACUUCUCAAGCAACUACGCCAGUGGGCUCUCGGAACGAUAGAAACGAGAAGGACACCAUGCCACGGCGACCUCGUAACCCCGAGCGACGAGUCGACUUCCACUGGACUGUUCGAGAAAAGAACAAUCUUCUCUGGUUUUCUGACCUGCUCAACCGAGCAAUCGUUCGUGCGGAACCUCUAGCCAGGCAGAGCAAACUCGAUCUGAAUAUCAACACCCACAUCACUGCAAAGCGAAAGAACAUAUCCACCCACGUGUUUCGAUACCUUCUCGACGGCUACCGAACUUCAGCGGCGCCGUACUCAGCAUUGACUGGCCUGAAGCAAAGGAGCCACUUCGGGCGACCAGACUUCGAUGCCAUUCUUGAGAAGCACUUCAAUGACUUGGUGGAUGAUGGAAUUAGAGAUAAGAAAGUCGGCGUGUUCUACUGCGGCGCUCCUGUUGUGGGCGAGAUCUUGUCUGACAAGUGCCAUGAGCUGACAGCGAAAGCAAGAGAUAUGGGCUUGAGAAUUCGUUAUGACUUCUUGAUGGAGGUUUUCGGAUAG